AGCAAUCAGGCGCAACGUAGGGGAAGAAUGGCAAUAGAGGUAUUGAAAAGACUGGCUCACCGUAGAGUAAUGUACCAUUCUUACUCGGUUCAAGUUCAUGGCUAUAUAUGUUCAUCCACAAAUGAUGACAGUGGUUCAUUUACUCUAGUACAUGGUUAUCAUGGCAAUUCUUCUUUGAGACAUUGGCUUCAACAAGCAGAUUGGCUACCAACUCUAGAAGCUACUCUCGUAUUGGAUGAGGAGUCUGUCAGGCGAGUCGGUGAUGAUACAGUGGGAGGACCGGCAGUUUCUCGACAAUUACGUCUUAUUCGAAACUUGGCUGUACUUGUUUCAGUGUAGGAGAGAUUUGCGUUAUCAAGUCAUAUAUAGUCACACGUGGUCAUAUACAUAUAGUCAUAUUUAGUCACGU